UGAGGAAUGUAGGCCAUCCUCCUCCUGACUGUCGUGCGUAUAAUACGUCUGACGUCAGAGCGUCAGCUGGCCGAAUGUUUACAUCCAGCAGUGGAGUGUGUCUGACCGGAUCCCCCCCAACAACAAAGAGCUGAAGAGGAGCGCAGGGCUGCGGCAGAGGACGCCGGUCUUCAUCUGCACAAGUCAAGAUGGGUGGAGCUGUGAGUGCUGGUGAGGACAAUGAUGACUUAAUUGACAACCUGAAGGAGGCUUACUACAUCCGCUCCGACCUGGUGGAGCGGGCUUUUCGAGCGAUCGACCGAGCUGACUAUUACCUGGAUGAAUACCGGGACAAUGCUUACAAGGACUUGGCAUGGCGUCAUGGAAACAUCCAUCUGUCCGCACCGUGCAUCUACUCUGAGGUGAUGGAGGCUUUGGAUCUCCACCCUGGCCUCUCCUUCCUCAACCUUGGCAGUGGGACUGGAUACCUCAGCACCAUGGUCGGCCUCAUAUUGGGACCAUUUGGAGUGAAUCAUGGAAUAGAGCUCCAUGCCGAUGUGAUUGAGUACGCCUACCAGAAGCUCGACUCCUUCAUCAAAACCAGCGACAGCUUUGACAAAUUUGAGUUCUGUGAGCCGUCCUUCGUUGUGGGUAACUGCCUGGACAUCCCUCCAGAGAGCCGUCAGUAUGACAGGGUGUACUGUGGGGCCGGGGUGCAGAAGGAGCAUGAGGACUACAUGAAGAACCUGCUUAAGUUGGGGGGCAUCCUCGUGAUGCCUCUCGAGGAAAAGUUGACCAAGAUCACCCGAACAGGACCAAACAGCUGGGAGACCAAAAAAAUCAUCUCUGUGUCCUUUGCUCCUCUGGUGCUGCCUAAACACAGCACAAAUGGCAAACCCAAGACUGUCCCACUGCCCAGGUAUGAGGUACGGACGUUACAGGAGCUGGCUCGUAUCUGCAUCCGCCACACCCUCAGAGUGACCACAGACGGGGGAGACAGCCAAUCACGUGGCAGAGGCUCCUCGUUCAGCGUGGGCAGGGGUCUGGCAGUGGCCGGGCUCCACAAGUACGGCCCUCGCUUCAAACGCCGACGUGUCCACCGGCGCCAUUGCAACGCCCUUGUCCUGGCAACCCGUCAGGUGGUGGCCAGCAGUGGCAUUGGCUCUGCUCCUCUGGACAGCAACAACAACCAGGGAGGAAGAGCGGAGGACGAGGAAGAGGCAGGCGAGAGCGAAGUGAGGCGGCAAAUGAGAGGGAGCAGGAGGGCGGGGAGAGGAGUGGUGGAGGAAGAAGAGACGGUGGAGGAAGAGGACGAAGAGGAGGAGCAGGAGGAGGAGGAAGAGGAGAAAGAGACCGGGGAGUUGCUGCGACCACAGCCAGUCGUGAACAUCCUGAGAGAGAGGAUACUGGGCCUGCCACUGCCUGAGCCCCUCAAGAUGUACCUGCUGUUCUACAGAGAGAAGUGAGGCAGCUGAGAGCACAGCCAGGUCCUGAGUCCAGAGUCCAGAGCUGAAAACAUCAACCCAAUCCCGCCUGUACAACCACCACCACCUUUCCUAUACAAGGCAGGACAACACACUUUACUGACCCAAAGCUCCACCACGGGUCUCUUUCUCUCUCUCACACCUGUCCUCAUCCCCUCCAUCAUCCAUUCUCUUUCCUACUCCUUCUUUUUGCCCUGCCUCUCUGUGUUCUGUACUCGAUUCAUUUCCUGACACAGAGUCAGUUAAAUUUCGCCAGAGUAGGAGGAGGAGGAGGAGGAUUAAGCUACUCUGGAAAAACAGACAAUUUACACCAAUGUUUCACACAACCAAACAGUCAUUGACGAUGACUUUGUGUCUCCUUUGAGGUGCAAAGAACUAGAUAUUGGUACAUAAUACAUCCAUAGUUUAUCAGCAGCUCUGUACAGUUGCCUGAAUAUCCACAGCUUGUAAAAGGCAACUUUUAGUGGUGCUCAGAGAGAAGCAUCAUUGUUUAGUCUACAGCUGCAGACUAGACCUGAAACAGACACUGUAGCAACAAGCAGAGAGAGGGAGGGAGAGAGAGAAAGCUGAGGGCGCCUUUCUCUCCACUAAUUACAUUUGUGUUAGAGAUUAUACAUUGAUUGUAUAAGUCGUGUGAAAGCUGCUUUUUUCCACGAGGUGGUUUGUAUCAUCAUCUAAUAGGGAUGGGUUAGUUUUAUAAAGGAAGACAGAGUCGGCCCCAAAGCUCAACUUUGUGAGUGAUUGAAGAAAAUAUACAUUUAAAGAUUUAACGAUGUGAGAGUUUUCUCUUUAACUUAUCAUAUUUAAUGAUAUUCUAGGACCAAGAUGCUGUGGCAGGUUGUGAUUAUAUCCACAUUUUUUCAAAUAAAAAGGGCAGCUUUGUCUCGUGCCCUCGGUCCAUUAGACAAUUAUUAAGGGCAAGAGGGUUGAUCAGCAUUUCAAGCAUUUUAGGAGACUAGUUGAUCUCAUAGGUUUUCCCCUUUUUCUAUGCAUAUGUUUCAUUGUUCGAGUUGAAGUCUGUCUUUGUCUCCUGACUCAGUCACAUGGAGACGAAACAGACUUAAAUCCUCACGUGUAUCCAAAGGGCAGUCUCACUGUUUUUUCUCUACAUCCCAUUCUAUUCUCUUAACCCAAAGAGAAUGACCAUAGAAGUUCUCAUACUUACUAAUAGUCCAACAUGAAUAAACCAGCAUGAUAAAAAACACAUACUAAUGUUUCUGAUGAUUGAGUGUGCAGGCUUUCUCUCAUUGUUUUUGCCUUCUUGUAAUAUUUUGAUUUUUUGAAUUUCAUGAGACUUGAAGUGGUGUGUACAUAUGAAAUUGUUGUAUGUUUUGUUCCGUGACUCAUAAAAAAAACAAACAGGAUACUUUGAUGAGUAGAGCGAGUAUCUUUUAUCAUAUUUUCUGUUGUAGUUUCUAGUUAGAUGGGGCAUUAUUCCUUUGUACUUUUUGCUUUUGUACCAAACUUUCUGCUCCUUGCUGUGCCAAACUUCAGUUGCAUGGACUAAAUUCUUGAGAGGAAACAGUAGAUCAACAGCAAGUCACUCAUCUGAAGAAAAGAAAUGACAACUUUUUGAUUUUUUUAUUUUAUUUCCAUAAUUGCUCCGAAAUGACACGUGGUUGUUUAUCAGUUUUUAAAUCAUGUUUCGAUUUCUCCUAUUUGAAAUGUAUCCGAGGAAUGUAUGAUGAACAGCAAAGUCAUAUUUGCACAAGACACUGCAGCGGCACCUGCGUCAGUUCAUUUGAGAAAUGAUUGGCUGUUAUCAGAACAACAGGAGGAAUCUGAAUAUGUGCAUCUUAUAUUGGUAAUCUCUCCAACACUGAAUAGGAAGGAUGGUCUUCAUCAGACCAGAAGACCCUGAUUUCAGCUGAGUGUGACGUGCUUCACUGUUUGGCAGUCUCUACUGCUGCCGGGUCUGCCUCUGAGUUCUGUGUCCACCAUUCUACAUGAGUUGACUUGUGCAGUUGUGCUGAAUGUAUAUGAUCAUGACACUUAAGAUUUGGUGGAAUUGACUUGCUUGUUGUUUUUUAAGAUUGAGCUGUAUUAUUGACUGCUGUUAAUAAAGUCCAUUAUACAAAAGAAA